CUCGUGCACGUUGUGCAUGCAGAGAUGGCUGUCUUUGGUGACGCAGGAGGAGGACGAGAAGAGACGGGAAACAUGGACGUUGCUAGUCUGUUCGAGGAGCAUUCCGAUGAGCAUCGUCACAGUCAGGAGCAGGCGAAGCUAGUCGGGAUGAGGCCGCUGCUGUCUUGGUUCCAUGAGCACGGGGGGCUCCAGCUCCUGCAGCUCUCCUACCGAGGUUUGGAGGUUGGCCUCUUGCGAUCAGCUGCGCUGCAGAUUCAGCCGCAUCGCAUCCCAUACAUCCUCUUCGAGUUCGACCCAACCAAGCUUCUGCAGAGGCAGCACGACCCUGAGGAGCUGCUAGAGUUUCUUCACGCCAAGGGAUACAGGCUCUUGUCCCUAGCGGAGGAUACAGACGUUGAGCCGGAGGAUUUCAAUCAGUUCUCGAGAGAGGUCGGCAAUUCCUCCACGUUUCUCCUUGCACACAAGUCGGAGAUCAAGAGGCCUCGUCAGCGCACGGAUCUAGAGGCAUAUUCUCAUCUGAUGUACAUCCUGUCUUGUACAGUGGCGAUCGUCUUCGGACUGAUGGGGUUUGUCUUGUCAAUGUUGCAUAUUUGAAUAAGAGAUCUACAGUUUUUGU